UGCUGGCGGGCAGUGUUCACAUAUCAGCGAGCUAACGCUAGCGUCCCAGCAGGGCUAAUGCUAGCUACAGUUUAUAGUUAUGGGUGGCAAAACCAGGUUGUUGUUUGUAGCUAACGGGCUAAUUUUUUAAAACUUCCGGUCCUCAGCUCUGAAGCUGAGUCACGUCAAAGCUUAAAAGCGACCAACCGGCGUGUGGCUCUUUCCACUGCCUUAUACAUAGUGCAUGAAAGUGGCGUUGGAAGACAGUGACUUGCUUCUGAGCAUCAAAACAAGGAGCACAACUGCAGCGCGAUGUGUAGUUGAAGAACACUAUUAAAAACUUGACUAUAUUCCAGGACCUAGACUUCAGCUCCUUAUGGCUCUAUAUGAUGAGAACAUCCUGACGAAUCCCUUCUACUUGGCACUGAAGAAACAGAGACCAGACCUAUGCAACCGAGUAGCAGAGUUUCAUGGCAUUGUCCUCAUUCCAUGUUGUGGAGGUUUGGCUGUGAGCAACUACUCAGACUCUCAGUUUGACAGCUAUGUCCUGCAGCCUGUGGAGGAUGGAUACCAGACUGUGGAUGGAAAGGAGGUCAGGAUCCAGGAUAGGCAGGUCCUGCUGGGCUCUGGCUUCCCCACUCCAGCAUCAGUCCCCAUCUUGUUUGAGGAAACUUUUUACAAUGACCAGGAGCAGUGCUACAGUAUCCUGUGCAUCGCCUGGCCUGUCGAGGUGGAUCCGAGCCCGUCUGAGCUCAGCCCACUGCCUCCCUACUGCCUCAAGAGCCUGGAGGACGUGCGGACGUUCCUGGGCCACCAUGCCCAGAAACUGGACAAGUUCAUCCACAGCUUCUGUCAGAUCUUCAAAGAGCAGGAGAGGAAGGGACUCCGACACCACAUAGACUCGGUGAACGGUCUCUACACCAAAUGUCUUCAGUGUCUGCUGAGGGACUCUCGCCUGAAACUUCUGGCAAAGCAGGAACCUCAGAUGACUCUUCUCAAACAGGCAGUGGAGAUGUAUGUUCAUCAUGGUGUCCAUGAUUUAAUCUUUAACUUUGUGGGAACGCUUGAGGCAAGCCAGGACGCUACCUUCAACAAAACCACGCGGAGUCUGCAGGAGCUGCAGCAGAAAGACCUGGGAGUCAAACCUGAGUUCAGUAUAAACUUGUCUCGGGCCAAGAGAGAGCUGAGUCAGCUCAACCAGCAGACCUCACCCCUCCUCAAACUGCUCUGCCUGCGUAGAGUCACCCUGACCGCCACCCAGACCCCCAGGCGCACCGUGAGUAUAGAGGCCGUAUGUGCAGACGACUUGCUGUCUGUCAUCCUCUAUCUGCUGGUGAAGACGGAAAUCCCUAACUGGAUGGCCAACCUGAACUACAUCAGGAACUUCAGCUUCAGCCACUCCAAUAAAGAUGAACUCAGCUACUGUCUGAGUACCUUCGAAGCUGCAGUGGAGUACAUCAAUCUGGGGAAGCUGCAGGACACACACGCUGUAAGAGACACACAUCCACACGGCUCAAGUGAGCUAAACAACAUGGUGUUGUUCAAAGAGAGGGUGUUGUCUCAGAGUGCUGCUACACCCAUCCACCGUCUGUUUGAGCACAUAGCAAAAGGAAACGAGGCAGAGGUUAAACGUCUGCUGAGUGAACGAGAGAGUGAUGAGGAUUUCAAGAUGUGUCACCCCCUCUGCUCCUGUGACCUCUGUGAUCUCCAGUUGUCUGGGCGGUUGAAUGACCCGUCCAUCAUCACCCUGUUCUCCAGAGAUGAUCGAGGUUACACUCCGCUGCACGCUGCUGCAGUCUGUGGUCAGGCCCAGCUGAUUGACGUGCUUGUGCGUAAAGGAGCGCCGGUUAAUGCCACAGACUACCACGCCCUCACACCACUGCACCUGGCCUGCCAACGGGGAUACCAAGGAGUCACGCUGCUGCUGCUGCACUACAAGGCGAAUGCGGACUCUCAGGACAAUAACGGCAACACGGCGCUGCACCUUGCCUGCAUGUAUGGACAUGAGGACUGUGUGAAGGCCCUGGUAUACUACGACAUCCAGACUUGCCAUCUGGACCUGCAGAAUGAUAAAGGUGACACAGCGUUGCACAUGGCGGCUCGCUGGGGUUACGAAGGAAUCAUCCAGGUGUUGCUGGAGAAUGGAGCAAGCACCGACAUCCCCAACAGGAACAAAGAGUCCCCGCUGCAGUGUGCACUAAACUCUAAGAUCCUCGUGUUGUUGCAGUCGACUCAGAAUGACCGUCAGGGCGGCGGGCUUGACAUAAGUCCGAUCUUCUCUCCUUUCUCUGGUUCCUCGUCUCCCAGCCGCUCCCCUCUGGCCUCUGAUUGCAAUAUCCGCCGCUCUAGCACCUCCUCUCUGGGCUCCAAGGCUAAACUGGAGGGAGAACGAGUCCGACACCGAGAGGUGGAGAAACUGCUGCGUGCCGUGGCAGAUGCUGAUGUGGAGAUGGUGCGUUAUCUGUUGGAGUGGAUGGAUGAGGAAGAGGAAGAUCAAGGACAAAUUCAGUCUGAGGCUCUGCUCUGCCACCCACUAUGUCAGUGUCCGAACUGUGCUCCCACUCAGAAGCUGUCCGCUCUGCAGGCCGGAGCUCUUAAUGUUAACAGUCGUAACACUGACGGCUUCACACCGCUCCACGUUGCUGCCCUGCAUGGUCACUUGGCACUGGCUACCCUGCUGAUCCGUCACGGAGCCAACGUCAAUGCACGCACCAAUCAGAGCGCUACACCGCUUCACCUGGCCAGCCAGAACAGCCACGUCCAGAUGGUGAGGUUUCUGCUUGAGUGCAACGCCAAACUGAAUAAGAAAGAUCACUAUGGCAACACACCUCUGAUGCAUGCCUGUCUCCGUGGAAACCUAGAGACAGCCACCACACUGUUACAGAGCAAUGCGUUGAUGAAUAUAGCAAACCUUCAGGGGAACACGGCCCUCCAUGAGGCAGUGCGAGGCGGACACCAGGCGGUGGUGGAGCUGCUGCUCAAGGGUGGAGCCUCGCCCGAGAUCAGGAACAAGAGGCAGCAGACGCCACUGGACUGUGCCUACGAACUGGGAGGCAAGAACACUGAGAUCCUGAGAGCUUUGCAGAAAGCAUCCGGACUUUCCCCUGAAGCUGAACCAGUCAAACUUCUCUCCGUGCCCAAAGGAGCUCUGGCCCAUUCGUUUGUGCAGCAUCUGAAGACGCAGGAACACUCCAGCCACAGGAGACAGAAGCCGGCUCAGUCCAUCAACAGGAUUCAGCAGAUGAAGAAAGGUACCUCUGGUCCUGCCCCCAGGAGUUCACCAAUCCUGAAUCAGAGGAGGUUGAGAAGAGGGGAGACAGUGGAGAUCAGCAGCCCCUCGGUAGGCCUGGAUGGAGGCCCCUGGCUGAAGCAGCGGCCCCUGGGUCGCUGUCACACCUUGGACUCUGGAGAACAUACACCAGAGCAGCUGGCGUCAACACAAACUCCAAACACAUGUGAAUACUCUCCAAAAGAGAGUGAUCAGACAGAUGACACACACACUCCCAAAACCACUGAUGACACUCCGUCAGCAGGUGCUCAGGUGUCCAGAGAUGCAGACAAUACACAGCCUGAUAUUAAUGAAAUCGACUCCACUGAUUACUCUUCCUGUACAGGUAGCAAGACCUUACUGUCCCUGCCAUCUGAUGCAUCAAUGCACACUGAUUAUGUGUUUUUAGACCCUCAGGGUAAUACUAUAGCCAACUGGUCUGAUUCUCAGUCAGAGGGCUCUGACAGCAACAGCCAAAGUCUCUGCCUUGCAAAUGGAGCGUUAAAGGAGACCUGAUGACCACACUGUGAUCAGAGCUGGGUUCUUGCAUUCAGAAAGCAAGGAUGGAAGCUCUGGUCCUGCCCACCGGGCCGACCUCUGCUCUUACAUACAGAGGUGAUCAAAGAGACAUCAAGCAUCCACCAGAAACGGGUGCAGUCAAGUCAGUGAGGCUGUAGCUGAAGUGAAGACCUUGUCGGGAGACUUUAUGUAUGUCAGCGAAUCACUGAACAAAGAAUACUACUGAUACUAAUACUGAAUAAAGAAUACUUUGUGAAGGUUUAGCUGUCAAAGAAGGAACUGUUCAGUGUAUGACAAAACUGUUUGUAAGGAAGAAAGAACACAAUUUAGGAACAGAUGUAACACUGAGUCUCCGCACAAACUGAGCUGCCUUGUAUUAAAGCAGUGGCCCCUGCUAGAAAAAUACAGUGACCGCUGACUUAAACUACCUGCUGUCAGGACCGCAACACAUAACCUUCCAUGGUUUUUACUUUACAGAAACAGCGCAGACAAGGUUAAAUGGAAGGGGUUAGAGGGUCACUUCUCCCAUAUUGCAAACAUUUCCUUACAUACCUCUACUGGUGUCUGGUCAUGCACAGUGUUUUUUUGUUUUGUUUUGUUUUGUUUUUUGUUCAGGUUUUGAGGUAUCAGAUUUCUGCCACCACUGUGAAGCAGUGGAAGUGAGCACAGUUUAUUUUGUUGCGCUCACAGUUUUGAAAUGUUAAACUUUAAAAAAUUAAACACCAACUUGUCUGAUAUUUAAUAGCCCACAUUUGAUUGUCCAGUUUUUUGGUUCUGUAAGAGGAGCAGUCUUAAUUUUAAUUAGGUUCUUCUGAAUAGCUCCUCUUGAAGUUGAUUUUUGAUUUUUAUAAUUUAAGUGGUCGGGGGGGCCUAGUGUGAGCCCUGCACAGCUUUUGGUGAGUGACAGCAGCGCACAGACUGACUUGCUGUCAGUAAUGCUUGUUACAUGAUCUGCAGGGUAUUGUGGCUCAUGAGCUACAUUCAUGUGCUGUUUUGUUCACCUAUAUGCAAAUAUUGUGUGAUCAGUGUGGGGCUGCCCUCUGAACGUGGAAUAGUCGAAUCAUUAGGCGAGAGACCUGUCAGUCAACUGAGACUCUUCUAGUUGAGCCUCUGUUUUUAUUUUGUUAUGUAUUUUUUGUCAGCGAGUGUGCAGGAUGAACAUGAAGGAGCUGCUCUGGUGGCACGUGGUGGCCCAGCACCUCACUGGGACUGUGCUGGGUCAUCUUUUCAUUUGUCACAGGUCUGUAUGUAUUUUAUAGGACAACUUUAUUAAAUCAUGCUGUGCUAAUGUUGGUGUGCUCAUUUUUCUGUUCCUCAUUAUUCCCUGGUCGCCAGCCUAUAUAUUCAAUUCUUUCAGUCACUUGCUGGUUCACAUGUUCACUUCAUCUGUUAUCUGUACCUCGUUCGUUUUCCUGGAUCAACUCUUCGGAUUACAACUCUGCUACUCCUGACUUGUGCUCCGUGCCAGUUCACCACUCGUGGUUUGUUUUCCUUUUUCUUGCUUUCAGUGGGACACUUAAUUUUGGACAUUACCCCUGUCAACCGCUGGAUUGUAUCCAGAAUUUGUUGUCUUUUUUAUUUACCCACUCUGGGGCCCUUAGUUAGAUGUUGGAGUGUAGUUUUACUGCUCCUGUUUGUUCCUGUCAGUUUGAGUACCCGGUUGUUCCUAUAGUUUUCUCAUUCCUCUUUGCUUUUUAGUAAUUUAUUCUUAUUAAAACAGAGUCUAGUCAGGGUCUGCAUUUUUGGGUCCUUCCUGUGCCAGAGCCUCACAUAUGUCUUUGGUAGAAACUUGUUAAACACUGUUUGCAGGGAAAUAAGAUGUACUAAACCCUAACCUUAAGUAAUCAAUGAACUAAGCCAGACCAAUGCCUUGUUUCUACCAUUAACCACUUGAGAUGAAUAUUGUAUCAAAACAUACACACAUCUAGUGUCUUUGUGGGACUAAAUUUUACUCAACUAAUUGUAACCAGUGCCUAACUAGGGUUGCAGCAGUAUCCUGGUUUCAUAGUAUGCCAUGAUUUAACUAGAGGAAUCCAUUUCCUGUCGUAAAUGUGUGUGGAUGCUGAUAAGCUGAAAGAUCAUCCUGAAAAUGCCUGAAAUCAAUAG